UUCAUAAUCAGUUUGUACUUGAUAAUAGAUUAAAUCCCGCGGUUUGUUCGAGUCCAACGUUUCACGCUGUGCACAACGUGUCACGCUCACUGGACGCAGGGAGACGUGUCGUUAGCGUUAGCUCGUGUCCUGAGCUAGCUAGUUGUCUGUACAGGCAAAGUAACGUCAGGACUGAUAAACAACAGCGUACGAGGACUGGGUUCACACGUUCAUACCCGUCUCUGUUCGUCCAGUCAACAGGUCGUCACGAUGCCGUGUGAGAGGAAGCCGAUGCGCUACGGUCACUCUGAGGGACACACCGAGGUCUGCUUCGAUGACACGGGAAAGUUCAUUGUAACGUGUGGAAAUGAUGGCGACGUUCGGAUCUGGGAGAGCUUGGAUGACGACGAUCCACAGUUCAUAACGGUCGGGGACAAGGCGUACUCUCUGGCUCUCAAGAACGGCAGGCUGGUGACGGCGAGCUCCAACAACACCGUUCAGAUCCACACAUUUCCUGAGGGCGAUCCAGAUGGCAUCCUGACCCGGUUCACUACCAACGCGACACACGUGGCAUUCAACAGCAGCGGCUCCAGAGUCGCAGCUGGAUCAGGUGACUUCAUGGUAAAGGUAGUGGAGGUUGCAGACAGCAGCCAACAGAAAACCCUCCGGGGUCACGAAGCGCCUGUACUCAGUGUCACCUUUGACCCCAAAGAUGACUUCCUGGCGUCUGCCAGCUGUGAUGGCUCUGUUGUGGUGUGGAAUAUUGAAGAACAGACCCAGGUGAUCAGCUGGCCCCUGCUGCAGAAGACCAACGACGUCACUAAUGCGAAGUCUCUGUGUCGACUGGCCUGGCAGCCGCGGCAGGCGAAGUUUUUAGCGGUUCCUGUCGACACAAAGGUGCACCUGUACGAGCGAGGGACCUGGAGCCAUGCAAGCACCCUGACUGACGAGCUCCUGACACAGCCCAUCAACGUUGUGGCCUGGUCUCCGUGUGGUCAGUUCUUGGUCGCUGGGUGUGUGGGAGGUUUGAUGACUGUGUGGGACGUCAACAACAAGCAGUGUGUGGAAAGACAGAAGCAUGAGAAAGGCUUCAGCGUGUGCAGCCUGGCCUGGCACCCGUCAGGCAGCCAGAUCGCCUACACCGACACGGAGGGCUGCCUGGGCCUGCUGGACGGACUCGGCGCCUUCACCUCCGACGCCAGCAGCGCCAAGCAGGCACCGGUGAAAAAGCCUGCGAACGACUUUGACGGCCUGUUUGAUGAUGAUGACGACAGACUCAUGGAUGAAGGGCUGAGCGACACCAACUCACCGGUUAAGAAGCCUGUCGCUGCAGACGAUGAGGACGAUGAUGAUUUCCUUAUGCCCGCAACAGGGCGGGUGAGGAACAGAGGGGCAAUCCUGGAUGAUGAGAACUCAGUGGAUGCUGGGUCAAUAAAGCUUGGUCAGGACAAGUUUGAUGAUGACGAUGACACCGGAAGCACGGUGAGACCCCCAGCCUCGCUGGCGCCUCUGCAUCCCGUCUACGAGGGACCUUUGCCGACACCUCCUCAGAAGGCCUUUCAGCCAGGCUCCACCCCUGCACACCUCACCCACCGCUUCAUGAUGUGGAACUCUGUGGGAAUAGUGCGAGGCUACAAUGACGAGCAGGACAACGCCAUCGACAUAGAGUUUCACGACACUGCCGUGCAUCAUGCCAUGCACCUGACCAACUCGCUGGGUCACUCUAUAGCCGACGUUUCCCAGGAGGCCGUGCUGCUGGCCUGCCCGAGCACGGACGAGCUGGCAAGCAAGCUGCAGUGCCUCCACUUCUCGUCAUGGGACACCAACAAGGAGUGGAUGGUGGACUUGCCCAAGGGCGAGGACGCGAGGGCGCUGUGUUUGGGCCAAGGGUGGGCAGCAGUCGGCACCAGCACGCUCACACUCAGGCUUUUCUCCAUCGGAGGAGUUCAGAAAGAGAUCUUCAGCUUGCCAGGACCCGUGGUCUGCAUGGCUGGACAUGGAGAGCAGCUGCUCAUAGUCUACCACCGAGCGACCGGCUUUGAUGGGGAGCAGGCUCUGGCUGUUCAACUGCUACAGUUUGGUCGAAGGAGGAGGCAAGUCAUCAACGGGGAACCUCUUCCACUGUCUCACAAAUCCUACCUGUCCUGGCUUGGGUUUACUGCUGAGGGAACCCCUUGUUAUGUGGAUUCAGAAGGGGUGGUACGCAUGCUGAACCGCUCCCUGGGUAACACGUGGACACCGGUGUGUAACACCAGAGAGACCUGCAAAAGCAAAUCGGAUCACUACUGGGUGGUCGGCGUCCACGAGAACCCUCAGCAGCUCAGGUGUAUUCCAUGCAAAGGCUCCAGGUACCCUCCCACCCUGCCCAGACCUGCUGUGGGCAUCCUGUCCUUCAAGCUCCCAUUGUGUCAGACAACCACGGAGAAAGGGCAGAUGGAGGAGCAGUUCUGGCGUUCGGUUCUCUUCCACAACCACUUCAGCUUCCUGUCCUCCAGUGGUUACGAGAUAGACGAGGAGGGACAGAACCAGUCCCAGAAGGAGCAACAGGAGCUGCUCAUGAAGAUGUUUGCAUUGUCCUGUAAGCUGGACAGAGAGUUUCGCUGCGUGGAGCUAGCGGAGCUGAUGACUCAGAACGUGGUGACGCUGGCGAUCCGAUACGCGUCCCGAUCCAGACGCAUGGCACUCGCCCAGCGGCUCAGUGAAAUCGCCUUGGAGAAAGCGAACCAGGUCCAGGCAGACGAGCCGGAGGAGCGGGAAGAAGAGGCCGAUUACACCCACGUCCGGCAGAACUCCGGGUAUUACCAGAGUGACAUCACAGGAGCACGGUGCAGAAACAGACACAACCAGGACGAGGAGCAGGAGCAGGAUGAAGAGGCAGCAGAGGAUGAGGAAGGGCCGGAGGUGGAGACAGAGACCGCAGAAACUAGAAAACGUGCAAAUCCAUUUGCCAAGGAAGCAGGUUCACCAGCGAAACUGUCUCACCCACAAACUGCUAAAGUGGCACGGGCAAAUCCUUUUAAGGUCAGCUCAGGCAAACCAUCGACCCCGUCUGGUCAGCCUCGAGUGGUAAACAUCUUAGACAACAUGACAUCAAGCAGGAAGUCGGCUCCACUUACCGGAUCUACGGGCAAAUCUAACAAGAGUCCUGUCCUCAAACCACUGGUUCCGAGGCCCAAGUCCAAGACGCAGUCCACUCUGCUCCAGAUGACAGGCACCAAAGCAGCCAGUAGGAAGCCUCAGGAGAACACAGAGCCAGCUGCAGAUCAGCAGAAACGGGAGGAGGUCCCACCUCCAUCCUCACAGGCAGACAACGCAGAGAACAAGAGGCCGAAGACAGGCUUCCAGCUGUGGUUGGAGGAGAACAGGAAGAGCAUUGUAGCCGAGCAGCCUGACAUGGAGGAGACAGAUGUCAUCAAAGAGGCCAUGGGACGCUUCAGAAUACUGUCAACAGAGGAGCGGCUGUCGUGGACAGAACGAGCCAAAGGGCAAAGUGGAGACGCAGCAGAUGCGAAGAAGAGAAAACGAACAGGAGGACAAGACGAAGAAAAUGGAGAAACGGAAGCAGAUGAAAAUGGAGCCAAGAAGAAGAAACCCUUGGAUCCGUCCUCCAAGCUCUCAGCAUUUGCAUUUAACAACUAAUCCUCCUCCAGUUAGUUUUUCUUGGCAUUUCGUAAACUGUCGGUUGAACAAUGACAAAACACAUUGUGUUUUUUGUUCAGCCUGUUGAGCCUGUUUGAGACAGAAAAUUACAGUAAACUGUUGAUAGUUUGCCAUAAAUCUGUGACAUUCAUUCCUUUAUGUCAGCUUCAUUGUUCCCUAUUUUACUACAUUUCUAUUGUUGUUAUUGUAAGAACUGAAUAAAUGUAAAUGUUUGUUUUAGACUUUAA